AUGUCGACCAGAGAAGGUGCUUCGCAGAACCGCACAGCACCCGACUUAAAACCGAUCGAAACGUGCCGUAAACUCCUCAAAUCACGUGAGUUUCUCAGCGUUCGGUAUAUCAUUCAAGUGAAUCAGCUGCUAAAAAGUAAACGGCAUGAUGAUGAUGAUCAGUUUGAGCAAGUGGAAGCCAUCUGCGACCUUCUCAUCGCCGCAGAAAACCGGCUUCCAAACGGUUUAAAGGAUUAUUACGGCAUGAUUCGGGCGAACCGAUUCGGACCAGUUUUAUUGGAGGACUUCGAGAAAUUGACGAAACUUCUUGAUAAGAAGCAUAACUAUUUCCCAUUUAGCCAAGAAGCUGCUGAUAAAGCCUCGCUAGCUUGGUCUCUGCUGUCUAAGCCACCCAUCAAAGCCCAUUACGAUCUUGCUAUCUCCGCAUUUUUCGGAGAGUGUAGCAAAGUAAAACGAAAGAUCUUUAUCCCCAAGAAACAAAUUGAGGUAGUGGUUAUUUCCGAUGACGACGACGAGGAGGAGUACGGCCAUAAGAUUAUUUCAAUGGCUCGAACUGCGAGAGGGUGUCGUAGUUAA